CAGCCCUAUUUACAUCACAGGAUAAUAUAUGCAUGGCUGUAAAGAAAAAAAUAUAGUACAAGACAGACCAGUUUUCAAAGGGAAACAAAAAACCUAAUGUACGCUUCUGGAAUUUGCAUUAAAAAUAAAGCAGCGUUUUUAUACAAAUCUCAGGAGUAUAAAUAUCUUUCUCCGUCAUCUUCCUGGCCUCUAAAAGUCGAUUUUCCACAUCAGCCUUCCUUAAAACGCCUAAUGCAUCCUUUCCUAAGUCUGUUUUGAUGACUUCUGUUUCUUGACCUCUUUGCCUGUGUCUUGAUCUCUUUGUCUGCUUUUUCCUUGUACUUCCACACACUCCUCCUAUACAUUUCCCUUUCAGUACCACUCAGCAUCUAUUUGGAAUUCUGUAUCACCACCUAGAGGUCUCAAUCUCCUCAGCUUCCAUGUUUUUUAAAGCCGACUUUCAAGUCCAGUCUCAACAAUAAUCUUUUCUUGAUCAGUGACUCCUGGUUCUAAAAGGCUCUUAAACAUUGCCUUCUACUCUCUGUAGUUUUCCGAGCUGUGCCAUCAUAUCUAGCAGGUCAUCAUGCGUGUGCGGAAGGUAAUGGUGUUGCUGGGUUUGGUGAUACUAGGACUAUUAGUAGGUGUUGUUUAUCACUCGACUCAGAUCAAUCCAACUGUGACACAAAGUCAAAAAAGACUGCACUCGACCAUACAGAAGAUUCUUGACCGAACCGAACAGCUGAAGAACAGUGACAACGACAUUCCCUACCAUCUCAAACAAGCUACAGCACGAAAUGAGUGUGUUUGUGAGGGAGACUCAAGGCUUUUGAACGUCCCUUUUCUUGACGUUUUUUUUCCUCCGGUCGGUGCCAAGGAGUUGCACUCGGCAUUUAGCGCCCCGGAGCGAGAAGACAUAAGGAAACGACGUCACAAUGAGUAUACCAACUUCCUAAAAAGAUCACAUACAGCAGCCGACGUUCUGAUCAUCGCCGAGGCAAACAAUCCUCUUCAGUACCCCACCCAGGGUGUCGAGGUCCGGCCUAAAAAAUCUACUUUAAUUCCUGGGUUGGGCCUUAAUGUAAAACCACAGAAGGUUUAUUCAGUUAAUUUAACUGCCAGCAUGGGUACAUUUGACGUAGCAGCCUUGGUGGAUAAGGUCAACAUAUAUGGGGAAGGAAAAAUGCACAUGACCCUCUCCAGCCUACGUCUAUCUUCUCUUAACAGACAGCUGCAGUUCGUCAAUUAUACAAAUACAGUUUUUCAUCCCAAAACUGCAGACAUAGUGCAAUUUGCUACUGAUGGGUUCCAGGCAGCCUUCACCAUUAAAAUCCAACAUGGAAUCAUUCCUAAGCUCUAUGAUCCUGGACCUAUUGGGCCCAAAGGAGAAUACGACAUAAGCAAGCUUGUGACCAUUGCCACGAAAACAUUUAUUCGUUAUGACAAGCUUCAGGAUUUGAUUGACAGCGUUCGACAGUUCUAUCCAACGGUCACGAUAAUUAUAGCUGAUGACAGCGAGCAUCCCAAGCCUGUAACUGGCCCUUACAUAGAGCAUUACACCAUGCCUUUUAAAAAGGGUUGGUUUGCCGGGCGUAAUCUCGCUGUGUCGCAAGUGACGACUAAGUACGUGCUGUGGGCGGAUGACGACUUCAUCUUCACCUCUAACACAAGAUUGGAAAAAAUGGUGGAUGUUUUAGAGAAGACCGAUUUAGACCUGGUUGGAGGGGCAGUCAGGGAGGUGACAGGAUACACUGCCACCUACCGACAUACUAUUUCUACAGAAAAAGGUGGAAAAGACGGAGACUGCUUACACUUGAGGAAAGGCUUCCAUCAUGCUCUCGAGAGCUUCCCGAAUUGUGUCGUCACGGAUGCCGUCAUCAACUUCUUCAUGGCACGUACCGAAAAGGUGCGGCAAGUAGGCUUUGACCCCCGCCUGGCGCGGGUUGCACACCUGGAGUUUUUCAUUGAUGGCCUUGGGGUUCUACAUGUGGGUUCCUGUGAUGAUGUUAUAGUCAACCACGCAUCAAAGAUAAAAGGGCUGUUGCCAUUUGGACAGUCAGAAACCGAUAAGUCCUAUUCGAAGUUCCGGUAUACAAACUACUCAAGCAACCAAAACGCUCUGUUUUACUUCAAGAACCACUUCAAAUGCCAAACCAGCAAUGGUUAACUGAUCCUAAACAUAUUUGCACUAUUUAUGUCAUGCCCAAUGAACGUGAUGUGCCUAAAGAGACUUUUUACAAAGUUUAAGUUUGUUACAAAGACAUAUCACAUAAAAUGCAAAUCUCGGGACCAAACAUGACGUGUUAGUGUGUACCUCAUGCAACAUUUACUCUGGAAAUCACAGAAAGCACGUUUGCAGUUUUACCUUUUCAUUUUUCAGUAUGGACUUGGGUGUCGGUGUGGCCUUAUUUAUAUGGUAUAUGGUAUUUGGUAAGACUAAACAAUUGAAGCACUUGAGAAACACUUUUGGAACUUUCAAGCUUUUUUAUACUGUAAAUAAAAAUGGCUGUUAUCACUUAACAUUUUUCUUAUUUUAUAUAAUUUCUAUUUCCUUUUUUUUUUCAAUACCUAACUGCUAGUUAUUGGCUUGCACAAUGGCGGAGCAGGUAGCAUUGCAGUACUUAACACUCAUCAUAACACUCCUGUGCUGGGUUACUGUCUGUGCAGUGUUUUGCACCUUUUCUCUGUCGCUGUGAGUUUCUCUCUAGGUACUCAGGUUUGUUCAUCAUCAUGCAGCUAGGUGGGACUGUUGCGCUGAACUACCUAUAAGUGUGAAUGAAAGUGUAUAUGCUUAUAUGCAUGGUGCCAUCUAUUGGACUGGAGUCAGAUUCAAGGUCCAGGAUGAAUGUAUGGAUGGUUCUUCCAGAGCUAAUUUACAUCCGGUGUUCCACUUCAACCACUGGAUGGCAGUAUUGCAUUAAAAGUGUUUUUAUGUUAUAUUUUGAUGUAAUUAUUUUUUUAUAUAUAAUAAUAGAAAAAAAUGUAAACUUUUUAAUAUAACUUUUUAAAUGUUUACAUCUCAUUGACUAUUAGAUUACAUCCCACUGUCGACUAAAAAUGAGCUGUUAUAUCAGCUCCUUAAAUUAUAGAUAAGUACUAGAUAUCAGAAAAUGGUUAGUUUAAAAUAUCUUUAAUUACAGUAAUUACUUUUUUAUUAAUUAGAUAACACCUCAAUGUCAAGUGUUCAAGGGAGAUUGUUGCAUACUUUGGAUGAUAUUUUGGAUGCCUUCUGUAUUGUUUUAUUUUGCAAACAAGAAAAAAAAAUAAAAUGAGAAAAACCCAUUGAAUUAGAAGAUGUGUCCAAACGUUUGACUGGUAGUGUAUAUGUUCAGUAUGUUUAUAAAUAUCAAAUUAUAUAAUAUUUUGUUUUAUACAAUGCAGUCUAAUGGGUGGUGGGCACUGUGAAUGUAACCUGUUUAAAGGUUAAAAUAAAAAAGCUUUAGGACAA